UACAACCUAUGGUUACAACUGGGGAACCUCAAGCCACAGAUCAUGAGUUUGUGCGUAAAACAAGACAAGACAAGUUUCACCUCGGAGCUCGUUUCUGUGGUCCCAAACGAGGAGUACAAGAUUUCCCUUCGCUUGCUGUAUUCUGGGAGGUUUUUUAUUUUCCAACACUGUUAAACGGACUUGGCGGAAGUUUCACCAUGAAGUCCAUUUUCCUCGUCGUGUUUCUGCUCUCCACGCCGGCUGAGGCUCAGUUUCAAGUGAUCGGUUCCCUCCAGCCGAUAACAGCCACCGUGGGUGACGCCGUCAUCCUGCCGUGCCGCGUGGAGCCGGAGGACAACGUGGAGGGCCUGACGGUGGAGUGGACGAGGCGCGACCUGCGGGGCGACCCCGGCAACCCGCUGGACAAGACGCCGUACGUCCACUUGUACCGAGGCCGGCGCGAGGAUUUGGUCAUGAAGAACGACGACUACCGAGGCAGGACGUUCCUUCUCAGAGAGGACCUGAGACGCGGCAACAUGUCGCUCAAACUGGUGAACGUGGGGCUCAGCGACGCGGGGACGUACCGCUGCUUCGUCCCAAAAUUACAGGGCAACAGAAAGGAAACAGUCGUUCAGCUCAUAGUUGAGUCCUUACCACAAACCACGACUGAAAGCAUCACAACAACAACGCCGGCUGUGACUCCAGGCAGGAGAGAGAAGACAGAUGUUGAAGACUGCAGACCCAAACGGUGCACCUGGGAAACAGUCAUCGCCGUGGUGGUAUCGGCAUCAGUGGUGAUUCUCGUCUUUGCAGCUGCCUGUUUACUUCACAGAUGCAGAAACCGGCAGUCUGAAAAACCACACGAGGAGGCGCAGACAGGAGCUGCUGAGGCGGCGAGGAGGAGAAGGAGGAGGAGGCGAAGAGGAGGAGCAACAUCUGCCUUGACGUUUCUGUUGGACUCUGGACGUCGUUUUGUCUCCAGGAGGAAGCGGCCGUGUCCGAGCGAGCACCUUGAAACGAAUCAUCGUCAGACACACGAGCUCUGAUGCUGUGGUCUAAAGUGAACUCUGAAAAUUUUGAAAACAUGCCCACACUCAGCUCAAAGCACUUUUUUUUUUUUAUAUAUAAACAAUGAGCUGAUAGAAAUGUUACGCGUUUCAAACCAGAGCAGAUUCGUUUCAUUCAAAAUUGACGAGCAACCGGACGAGAGGGAGCAUUUAGCAAAGAGAGAGAGCAAGAAAGAGAAUUUAGCAAAAUGAAAAUGACCACAAAAAAAGAAGAAAAAAAUCAAAACCAAAGAAGGAAAUUACCUAAAAUUAAGCAACAAAAAAAAGGCCUUAAAAAUAAAAAAAUAUAAAAGGAAUAUUAUUUCCUGCAACAGAACUUCUAAAUGUAGAAUUUCCUCAUUUCUCUCUACCUCAUUCUUUUUCCUUUUUUUUUUUUUUUUUUUUUUUUUAAUUUCCCAGUCAUUUUCAGGUCCUUUCUUCCAGAGUUGCUCAUUGCCUUUUUUGAUGGGGUAACGAGUUUUGCAGCAAUUUCGCUCGGUUCCCAGCUGCUCUGAAACAUUCCCCUCUAAACCAGAGUAUAAAUAUGAAUGUAUUUAAUUUUCUGUGUUUUGCACUUUUGCAUUUGCCAAUGUGAAAUAUUCCAGCUGGCCGGUUGCCACUGUGUUUAAUAUCUUGACACUACACGCUUCAGGAAUACUGAGAAAAAUACUGAAAAAUGCUUCAGCACUUCUGAACGUCUCACCAAUUCAAAGCACGGACAAAAUGUUAGUUAUAUCCGUGCUUUUUUGAUAUACUAGUGUUGUUUUUUCUAUUAUUUCUUUUUAUAUUUGUAUAUAAACCUCUGGUGUGUUUAUGUUCAUGUUUGUGAUAUGGACUUUCAAAUUAAAGCCCAUCCUCCUGA